CCUCACUGUCGAUAUCCUUGAACUCCAAAGACGCUUUUGCGCUCUUAAUUGUCAAUCGUUCACUAUUGCGCUGUGUUUCAGAGUUUUUAGAUUAGUAAUUGAUAAGAGAGAUGGUGGCAAUGAAUCUGAAAGCGAAAACUAUGUCUCUGAUGGAACAAAGGGAGGCCUUGGAGACGGAAAUGAACGACAUCAUUGCUCGUCUCUGCCAACCCGGAGGUCCUGGGAUUUCAGGCAAUCUUGUUGAUCAAGAGGGAUUCCCUCGUUCUGAUAUUGAUAUUCCGGCUGUGAGGGCAGAUCGCCAUCGUCUUGCUGAACUGCGUAAUAAUCAUGAGGACAUCACAGAGAAAAUAAAUGAAAAUUUACAAGUUCUGCAUUCUGCAAAGGUUGCCCGUAACUCAUCUUCACUUGUCAAAGGAGAAGGAGAGGGAUCUAUUCAAGCCUCAUACAACUCCAACUCUGUUCCAUCUGCCUCUUCACCUGAUGUUCUUCCAGAAGAUUCUGCAAGCACUAUGGACGUGGAUGUAUUUCUCAGCGUACCCUUUGCAAUAGUUGAUGAAAUCACUGAUGGUUCUCCAGCUGCUGAAGAUGGUUUACAACUUGGUGACCGGAUUAUGAAAUUUGGCAAUGUCGGGUCUGGUGAUGGUUUGCUACAAAGGCUUGCUUCUGAAGCCCAGUCAAAUCAAGGUCGUCCAGUCUCUUUGGUAGUCAUGAGGCAGGGUUCGCAAAUUAUCUUGACUGUGACACCAAGAUCGUGGCAAGGCAGGGGUCUUCUGGGAUGCCAUUUCCAAAUCUUAUGAACGAUUCAGUUUUAUGCCGUCUCAUAGGGAAGUGGUCAAAGUUCUUUGGGUUUUGUUUUAGACUGAAGCACCACAUACUGAUGUGAUAUGGAAUGGAGAAAUUGGCAUGCAAUCCUCUAAGCUACUGUUUACAUUGAUUUGAGAUAAUACAAGUACAACAUUCUCAUUAUAGUAUACAGUUGCUAUAGAAAUGCAAUUGGAUUGUGUGAAA